GCUCUCACCAGCAGCUUUGGGAGGUGGACUUCAUUCCUCUCCAAAGACAGGUUACAGGAAUUCUGACUCAGCUUAGUGAGGGGUUGUCACUGUUUGCCAAAGAGACUUUCCCCUCUUUUUUUCCCUAUUGAUUUUUAAUAGAAAGAGACUGUCCCCAACGGUGUCGCUCUGGCAGCUGAAUUAUGUUUGAUAAUUCACAGUAUCCUUAUAAUUGCUUUAAUUAUGAUGGUGACGGCUACCCCCCAUGCAGUUCUGACGAGGAGAAGAAAAUAUGCAGACCUGCUUACAGUUACAUAGCGCUCAUCGCCAUGGCUAUUCAGCAGAGCCCUGACAACAGGGUGACCCUGUCGGGGAUCUACGAGUUCAUCAUGAAGCGCUUCCCUUACUACCGCUCCAACCAGAGGGCCUGGCAGAACUCCAUACGACACAACCUCUCCCUCAACAGCUGCUUCAUCAAGGUGCCCCGCACAGAAGGCAAUGAGAAGGGCAAGGGCAACUUCUGGACAUUUGCGUCAGGCUGUGAGUCCAUGUUGGACCUUUUCGAGAACGGAAACUUCCGCCGUCGCAGGCGCCGCCGCAACCUCAAGGUCGGCUUCCGUAGCGACCCCUCGUCGGACGCCUUCGUGCCGACAGCUGAUCCUGUGCCAGCUCCACCACGCCCCGCUCACCGGGACGCCGACCCUGGAUUCUGCCCCACCGCGCCCUCCGCUGCUCUCGCCGAAAGGUCAAACGGUCAGAUUAACUCAUCGUCGUCAUCGCUGAGCAACAAGCCCGAGCCUGAAAUCAAGUUCAGCAUCGAUUACAUUCUCUCCACACCGGACCCCCACCCCCAGUCACACCCUCAUAACCACACACAAGCCCACGCCCACACCGGGGGAUUUAGAGGCCCCCACUUCGGCUCCACUGGACCCACCCCUGGAGGAGGACCCCCCAUAGCACUGCUGGAGCCACAGCACCUGAACUUGCACUUCUGGACAUUGUGAGGACAACCAAAACUUCUGUUUGGUUUUAGUAAAGGCACCAUGUGAGGUCCAAUAGGUUACUUUAUGAAAACCAAACUUCAUGUAGUAGUAUUUUCUAUGACCAACAUUUCGGUGUGUACAAGCCUUCAUCACGGUCGGUCAUCUCACUGAGCGAACCAGAACUUCACCAUAACUCACCUCCUCCCAUCCACAUACCCUCCACCAAAAAUCUACUGACCCUCAUUUCCACUCGACCCAUUACAAAAGACAACCCUUUCAUGUCUCAAUGUUCAUCUCUGUAACAAGAACACAAUCCUACCAGGCACCUCUGGACAUUGUGAAACACCCAAAAACCUCACCAAAAUCCACCACCUUCCAUCCACACCUCCCACACCCCACCCCACCCAAAAUCCUUCCCCACCCCCAUUUCCACCCCACCCACAACAACAGACAACCCCUUCAUGUCUGAAUGUUCAUUUCCGUAACAAGAGCAAACUCUUUCCUGGGCUAAUGGCA